AUGGCGGCCUCACCACCACCAACAAAACGCCAAAAGACCUCUUCCUCUGCACCCUACGAACUCAUCUACUGGCCCACUAUUCCUGGCCGCGGUGAGCCCAUCCGCCUUUGCUUCGAAGCAACCAAAACGCCCUAUGUCGACGUCAGCAACAGUACAAAAGCCGGUGUCAAAGCCGUCAUGGAGCAAAUUAGCGAGGAGAAUAAAGGCCACGGAUACAAUCUCCCUCACCUUGCCCCUCCAAUAUUCCGCCAUGGCGACCUCAUCAUCUCUCAGCUGCCGAACAUCCUUCUGUACAUAGCUCCAAAACUUGGGCUCGCAGGCGAUGAGGAGGAUGAGCAUGCUAUAUACCGGAUAAAUCAGCUGGCGCUCACGGUGCUGGAUGGAUUCAGUAACGAGGUGCAUGAUACGCAUCAUCCGAUGGCUGUCUCUGAGGUCUAUGAGGAUCAGAAGGACGAGGCGGAGAAAAAAGCAAAGAAUUACAUUGAGAACCGCUUGCCGAAAUUUUUGGGAUAUUUUGAGAGAGCUUUGGAGUCCGGGGCGAGCGGAGGAGGGGAAUGGCUGUACGGAAACCGGCUUACGUAUGCUGAUUUGGUGCUCUGGCAUGGCUUGGAUGGGACUAGCUUUGCUUUCCCAAAAGCGGUAGUCAGGACGAGGGAGAGUGGACACUAUGAGAAAGUUUGGGCAUUGUAUGAGCGGGUGAAAGAGUUGGAUGCAAUCAAGAGCUAUCUAGGAAGUGAGAGGAGACUAGGUUACACCAAGGGGAUAUACAGGUACUAUCCAGAAUUGGAUAUCGAGGCUGAGUAG